CCAUCUCCCCUCUUUGACUCCUCUUCUCCUUCUCCACUCCAUCUUUCUCUCUUCGGUAUCCUCCACACCUCGUCGCCGAUCUCCCACCCCGCGCGGCGCCGGCGCCCGUCCGUCCUCUCCUCUCCUGCCUCCGCCGCAUCCUCGCCUCGCCUCGCCGAACACACAAGAUUUUGAGGAUGCCGAGGGCCACGAGCGAUGCGAAGCUUCUAAUUCAGUCCCUGGGCAAGGCUUAUGCUGCCACACCAACAAAUCUCAAGAUCAUUGACCUCUAUGUGGUCUUUGCAGUCGCCACUGCCCUUAUUCAGGUUGUUUACAUGGGAAUAGUGGGGUCAUUUCCUUUCAACUCUUUCCUUUCUGGCGUCCUCUCAUGCAUAGGAACUGCAGUCCUCGCUGUUUGCCUUCGUAUUCAAGUUAACAAAGAUAACAAGGAAUUCAAGGAUCUUCCUCCUGAAAGGGCGUUUGCAGAUUUCGUUCUGUGCAAUCUGGUGCUCCACUUGGUGAUCAUGAACUUCCUUGGUUGAUGUCCUGCCCCUACAACUGAUCAAGGUUUUGUAGCCCCAGUUUAUGGUCACUGGUCAGAACACCCUGAUGUUUGGGAGUGUCAUAGUAUGAGAUAUUCAUAUGAUCUUUCACACUUCACCGAUGUAAUUCGACAAUUUUUCGAGAAACUAUAAGUUCUCUACCUGCCGUUCGCUGCGGCUUAUCUUUAUAUCUGUGUAUUUAGUGUUUAACAAUCUUAGAACAUGUGAUCCUGUUUUCUUCAAGUGACCGAAGGUUGGCAACAUGCUAUUCGACCAUGCUGUUAA